AUGUCGACGGCCGCCGUUGUAAAGUCCGUCUUGUCGGGCGACACCCUUGUUCUCAUUCCCAAGGGCACUGCUCCCGGCGACACAUCAAAAGAACGACAGCUCAGUCUGGCAUUUGUGACAGCUCCUCGAUUGAAGCGGGAGGGAGAUGAGCCAUUCGCAUUCAACAGCAGAGAGUUCCUUCGUAGAAACCUGGUCGGUCGUGAAAUUCAAUUCAAGGUCUUGUAUACCGUUCCAACCGGCAGUCGGGAGUACGGCAUUGCUGUUGUCCCCAACGGUCCGUCAAUCGUCGAGUACGUCGUGGCCGAGGGUUGGGUUAAAGUUCGCGAUGAUGCAGGUAAACGAGAAGAACAAUCUGAGCACGCGGAUCUUGUCGAGAAAUUGAAGGCAUUGGAGUCAAAGGCCAGAUUAGAGUACAAGGGCCAAUGGAGCCAGACAGACAAUGGUCAUAUUGCCAUCAAUAACGAAGCUCCUCCGGUCCCCAACGCUUUCCUUCAGAAGUGGAAGGGCCAACAAAUUGAAGCCGUUGUCGAGCGUGUCAUAGCAGGAGAUCGUAUCGCUGUUCGUCUCCUCCUAGCUCCCAAGGAACACCAACAGAUCGUUGUCCUUGUCGCUGGUAUCAAGGCCCCACAGUCGAGUCGCCCCGAGACCCCCGCCGAAGAAUAUGGUGACGAGGCCAAGAAUUUCGUUGAGGCCAGACUUCUACAAAGAACGGUCAAGGUUGAACUUGUGGGAUUGUCUCCCCAAAAUCAGUUCAUCGGGCAUGUUAUUCAUCCUAAAGGGUCCAUUGCCGAGUUCAUCUUGGUGGACGGAUUGGCUAGAUGCUUCGAUCAGCAUAGUAGCAUGCUUGGAGCUGGAAUGGCCAAUCUUCGUGCCCAGGAAGCCAGGGCGAAAGCAAAGAAAAUAAAUAUGUGGAAGAAAUUUGUUGUCAAGACCGAGACUGACGCCGGAUUUGACUGCGUCGUCUCAAGAGUUCAAUCCGCUGAUACAAUCUGGGUCCGAGAAAAGGUUGGAGCAGAAAAAAAGCUCAGUCUAUCCAGUGUUAAGGCUCCGUCGAGACCGACUGGACACACUGAUCCAAAGGUUCCCACGCGAUGGCAAGCGGAGGCCAAGGAAUUCCUUCGAAAGAAACUUAUCGGUAAGCACGUUCAUGUUACCAUCGAUGGAAAGCGUCCGGGUAACGAGGACUAUGAGGAACGUACAAUGGCAACCGUGCUUUUGGCUGGCCAGAACAUCGCACUAUCCCUCAUCGAGAACGGCCUAGCGUCCGUCAUUCGACACCGAAGAGAUGAUCAGGACCGCUCUCCAAUCUGGGAUGCACUCCUAGCCGCCGAAGAGACUGCCAUCAAGGAAGAAAAGGGACAAUAUAACCUCAAGGCCCCAGCUCCUAAGCCCAUUGUCGAUGCUUCCGAAUCCGAACAAAAGGCCAAGGCACAUCUUUCUUUCUUGAGCCGACAACGACGUAUUCCCGCCAUUGUCGACUUCGUCGCUUCUGGAUCCCGCUUCAAGCUGUUGAUUCCAAAGGAGAAUGUCAAAUUGACCUUUGUCCUAUCGGGCAUCAGGGCACCACGUACCGCUAGGAACGCAUCCGAGAAGUCAGAGCCCUUCGGACCAGAGGCUCUUGAGUUCACAAGCAAGCGUGCCUACCAACGUGAUGUUGAGAUUGAUGUCGAGGCAAUCGAUAAAGUCAAUGGAUUCAUCGGUACCAUGUAUGUAAACCGAGAAAACCUGGCGAAGCUAUUGGUUGAAGAGGGCCUCGCUUCUGUUCACGCCUACUCCGCUGAACAAAGCGGCCAUGGAACCGAAUUGUUUGCUGCUGAGAAGGCUGCGAAAGAGGCCCGAAAGAACUUAUGGCAAAACUGGACCCCCCAGGAUGAUGCCGAUGAUUCCGCCGAGCCCUCUGGCAGCACUGAAGAUACUACAACAACGUUUAACAAGAGGCAAGAUUACAGAGAUGUGGUUGUUACUAAUGUUGAUGAGAGCGGCAAAAUGAAGGUUCAGCUGGUUGGCUCUGGUACCGACCAACUUGAGAAGUUGAUGGCUUCGUUCCGAAAUUUCCAUUUGAACAAGUCAAAUGCUACACCACUCUCCGGGCCACCAAAAGUCGGAGACAUCGUUGCGGCCAAGUUCAGCGAGGAUGGCGAGUUCUAUCGUGCUAAAGUCCGUCGAGUUGACAGGGAAGCUAAGAAAGCCGACGUUCUAUACAUCGACUACGGCAAUUCUGAGACUGUCCCGUUCACAUCGCUUCGUCCCCUUACACAAGCUGAAUUCUCAACCACAAAGCUCAGGGCGCAGGCCGUGGACGCAGUCCUCAGCUUUUGCCAAUUCCCUGGCUCCGAGAUGUAUGCCAACGAUGCCAAGCACUAUCUUUUGGAGAUUACUGGGAACCAACAGUUGGUUGGAAAUGUUGAUUUCAUCGAGAAGGAUGGCACAAUGUCUUUGACACUCUUUAAGGAUGGGUCGAAAUCUGUUGAUGACAAUAUUAAUUCAGCCAUGAUCGAAGAAGGCAUGUCUAUGGUCCCAAAGAAGCUCAAGGCGUGGGAGAAGGCAUAUGCCGACAGAUUUGACAACCUUCGCAAGAAGGAGCAAGAAGCAAAGGAGGGUAGACGAGGUAUUUGGGAGUACGGAGACCUUACUGAGGAUUAA